CGAACCUGGCGAACCUCCACCCGAGAUUUUCGACCCCAGUAAAAAAAAGUUUGGAACCUCUUAUCGCAGAACUUCCAUCACCACAACCAACACAUACAAUCACAAUGCCUUCCGUCGGCAACCCCAACGGCCCUUCUAAAAACCGCCUUGCGGCGCGCGCCUCGAGUGCCCGCAAAGAGCGACGCAAGCGAUCACAAGCACCCAAGGACAAGGUCGCAAAGGCCGAUACUACACGAGGCGCAAGGCCAGGUCUUUUGCCCACGAGCGGACCUAGAGCCAAGGUAAGCGCCAAGAAGGCGCGCAAGAUAGAGAAGAGACUGGCGCACGCUAUGAAGAGAAAGAUGGAAGCUGAGGGUGAGGCGGAGAUGAAGGAUGCGCCAGAGGUCGAGGGUGAGGGCGAGAAGGCUGAGGAGGUUGAGAUGGGCGACAUUCAGUGAAGGAAAGUUGAUGGGGAAAGGAAGACAAAACGACCAAUGGAUAGCAUCUGAUAAAGAGUUCCGAAGAGGAGCUGUUGCAAUGAUAACAGCUUGCGAGGGGACUCUACCACGAGGCGAACCUCACGGCGAAAACGAGACUUCGGAACGAAAGGCAUGCCUGAGACCAAGGACUACAUGAGGCUGGAAAACUGCUAUAGACGGCACGAAGAAAUCAGCGAUCCGACUCCCAUAAGGCUAAAGGUCGAGGUCCCAAAGUUACAUAUGCAAGGAGACCAUAGAUCUUCUGAAGAUCAACUGAAUUGAUGAUAAGUCUUCUAACCGUG